AUGUCUCCUCUCAGCGCCCUCGUUAUCUCUGCUCCUAUGGUCGCAUUGGUCAUGGCUGCCGUUCUUCCUACUACAAUCACACAAGUCGAGCCUGUCUUUGCCACCAUAACUUCUCAUGCAAUGCCAAGUCCCUCCAUCAAGUGCGACCACAGAUGGUGCCAGAAUGGAAGCUCAAUGUGCCUCUACUGGGCUGGUGUCACCGGUUGGGAUCCUUUCCAGGGACCCAUUCCCGGCGAAACCCAUACUGUACUGGGCUCCUGUUCCUCGUCCACUGGCACUAUGGACUUAGUCCCGCGGGAGUUACAAGGAAACAAGGCGUUCAUCACUCCUGCCCCAACGUCCACCAUCAGCUGCAGCCACAAGUACUGCGACAACAGCAUCCAGUACUGUAUGUAUUGGGCUGGUGUUACAGGCUUCGAUAUCUCGCUCGGUCCCAUACCUGGCAUGACACGCACUUCACUGGGCUCUUGCGUAGUUCCAAUUGCAGUUGCGCCUUCGUUCACACCGUCAAACAACGCAAUGUCAACUUUGGCCACUCAGGCUGGGCAUCCAGAGCGCUACUGA